AUUAUAAGUUGUUGCCCCAGAACAGCCGUCAUGUGAUUGGAUUCUCGUAUUUGCAGAAAAGAAGGGUGGAAGAAUCCGAGGAAAAGGAGCAGUUAUUUCUCCUUCAGAACCCGAAUUAAAUAUUUUUUUUUUGUAUUUGUUUACCGGGAAGAAAGCUGGAUAUUGAAUUCGUUUCGCUUGGCAGAUAGCCGAGAUCCACCACCGGACACCAUGGGUUGCUGUUACAGCAGCGAGACUGAGGCCACGGAGCAGGAUCGAGAAGAGCGAAAGCCACUACUGAACCCAACCUCUAACCCGCCCAGUAAAUCCACCAAUGGGACAGAGCGGAAUUCAGCAAGCCUUCCCUCUGCCCGGACAGAUGAGCAGGCACUCCUCUCCUCUAUCCUCACAAAGACAGCACUGAAUAUAAUUGAUGUGUCUGCAGCAGACUCCCAGGGAAUGGAGCAGCACGAGUACAUGGAUAAAGCCAGACAGUACAGUACAAGACUGGCAGUGCUCAGUAACGGCCUGUCGCAGAAAAAGCCGGCUCCUAUGCCCUCCUUAACCAGCCAACCUCAUCAAGUGCUCGCCAGUGAACCUGUGCCAUACUCAGACAUACAACAGGUUGCUAAGAUCGCUGCAUAUGCGUGCAGUGCACUUUCACAGAUAAAAGUGGACGCGAAGGAGGAUUUGGUUGUGCAGUUUGCGAUUCCCUGAUCAGCUUGGGGAGACUCUUCUUACUCUCCCUCAAUCCCUGUCCCUUUCUCUUCCCCCACAUAUCUACCCAUCCCUCCAUCUCUCUCUGAGAUUCCAGCAACACCACCACAGUGCAUCAACAGCUGAAGACUUGGAAACUAUAAUCUCUGCUAACUAGAGGUCAGCUCGUACCGAUCAUGACCCACAAACUCUUGAGCUUUUCAGGACUUGUGUCAUAAAGGAAAAAAAACUGGGGACUGCUGCUGUUCAAUAGCAUUAUUAACCAAUUUAAUCUUAAAAAAUAAGGCUUGAAUUUUAUGUGAUUAUUCAACUGAUUUUUCAGUGCCAGAACCUAAGAAUAGAUCGCCUCCAGUGAGUAGUUUAUUAAAAAGUAAAAAUAAAUAAAUAAUUAGGAGUGACGGCUAGGGGGUCUAGUGAUGCCUUUCAUCUAAUAAAGGAUGAGCCUCAAAUCUAUCAAGGUGAAAUUAGUUUGGUGCUCUCAUCAAAGCUCUCAGUGGACAGCAGUCAUCACAAAACCACCACACUGCUCAACACAAUUUGUCACAACACAGAAUGGAAGGCAUGGUUUUUCAGGUCAGGAUUAUUGAGGAACCUGGGCAGUUCUUUGUGGAGGAGUUCCUAUAGUGUUAGCCAGUGUCAUUUUUCCCUUCACCUUGUGUAAGCACUAAUCUUUCACACGCACUAACGGUUUUGCUGAUUUCUGUCACUAAUUCCUCUCUGCGCUCAUCGUUCAUUCUGUAUCGCCACCCUGUCCCAACACAAAAUAGGAAAUAAAGCUCAGAUCAUUUGACUCAUGGAAGUAAAUUGUAACGAUAUGAAAAAGGCCUUUGUUAGGUUGUCAGUUUUGUAACUUAUGAGCUAGCCCUGUUUUGUUUAAGCUAUAUGUUUAAAGUGGUCUUCAAGUGUUAUUCUCUUCUCCAUUUCAUUAUUUUUCAGUAAACUGAAUAAAUAAGCCAGUAAGAUUGACCCCCCUACGCUUAUUUUGUUUAAUCACAAAUAAAUGAGAGACCAAACAUAAAAAGUGAACAAUUCAAGCCCUAGUUUAUUACAUUUGUUUUAUGUAUGGUAAGAUGAUUUAUAGCUUUUUAUUCAGAAAAGACCACCUGGAACACUACCUAUAUAUGAACACAGUGUAUCAGUCUCUUUCAUUUUAAAAAUCCUACACGCAGAACUAUAGAAGCGAGGUUUAUGGAACAAAAAACACAUGAUCCGAACUCAACUCCUAAUCACUUAUGGUAAAAAUGAGCAAGUGGUGGAUUUUGAAACAGUUUAGUUUCUAAAUGAAUAUACUUGAAGAAAUGUAGAUGUAUUUCUUCAUUUUUUCUUUUAAAAGUAUUUAUGGACACUUGUAUUAUGUCUGUACUGGUGCGAGCAGAUCUCUAGUGCAAAAUGAAGCACUUUUUGGAGCUUUAAAGGGAUGAACCUUAGGACUUCUGCAGACAUUUUUAUUCUGCUUCUUGCUGUGUGCUAUUAGUUUUUUUUGUUGGUUUCUUUUUUGUUUUGUACUUUAAUGUAAAAUACUACCUGAAUUAAGUUGCCCAUACUCUUAGGCUAACAACAACAACAAAAAAGCAUUCAUUAAUAAAGGAUUCAGUUACUAUCAUUUUGUUUUCUGUUUAUUGUAAUUAUGCAUUAAAUAAAUAUUUGUAAGAUA